GCGCAGAAAUAAGCCGUUUAGUGUUGCCUGACGCUUGAGAGCGCGAGUGGAAAAAAGAAACGCUCGGACAAUGGACAUGUAUACGAAUGCGCCUGCGUGGCUCCAGCCCCAGGGCCAACAAAUCGAGUCGCAGUCGAUGCACCAUGAAAUGACCUCGCCGUCGUCGCACGACUGGAAGGACCCGUCCAAUUCGGCGUCGUCGGCAGCGGGGUCAUCGUCGAAGAACGCGCAGGCGCCGUUGGAUCUAAGCGACUUCGGUGGCAUGGGAGACAUUCCGGGCCCAUCAUCGACGCCAUCGAUGUCGCCCCCCGCGCACGCGCACUAUACCAGCGCGUUUUCGCAAUUCGGAUACUACUUGUCUGGCGUUCCCGGACCUUACAACGCCGUUCCUUAUGGUUCUCCUUGGGCGGGCCCCUCAAAUCAAGUGCCCCUGUCGAACUAUUCUACCCUGGAUGGUGCUACCACAAGUCCCGCAAGUACAUCCCAGCAGCAGCCUCCGCAACAGUCCAGUUCUUCGCAGCAGAUGCUUAUUGACCCGGCCCUGACUACUACAAACAAUCCCACUUCUAAUGGUCAACAACAGUACUCUCAUCACUCGCCUAAUAUCCCCUCUGUGCAGUCCCCGUCUCAGCAGUCUCCGUUCAUGCAAUAUCAGUUCCAGUCACAUCUGCAUCCGCAGCCCUUGUCUAUCAAUCCAGCAUAUGUACAAUCGCCGCAAUAUUACCAGCACCAGCAGCAACCUCAACCCCACCAGCAAGGUACCCUAUCUCCUCAAGUUCUGCAUUCCCCUACGGGUAUAGCUCCUCAGUCGUUCUAUGCGCCUUUGCAAGCCAUCUCUCCUCCGCCACAAUUAACACCUCAGCAGAAGAAGGACAAACUUCAGGCUGCUGUACGCCCUCUCCUACAGCCCAACGUGUUCACCGGCGCAGGAGCAGUACAGACUUUAGUGUCCCAUUUGGAUGACUUUGGGUCCCAAGAUGUUGACGGGCAGUUACGCUCGGAGAUCCUCACGAAGAUCAGAGAUAACGCCCCGAAUCACUACUUUAGGGCAUGGUCGGAGAAUCCCACGGCAAUGGACAUUACUCGAGAAUGGCUAAAAGCUGGGUACACUAACAAGGCUGAUAACCAGAUGAUGGAGACGAUCAUGCCGCUGUUACAUAUUAUCGACCGGUUACCUCUAACCGUGGAGAGCCUAAAGACAUCGAGACUGGGCAAGAUCAUCGUCAAGCUAACCAAGGAUCCUCCUAAUCCAGCUCCCGUGACCUGGCGCUGUGCCCUCGGUACCUGCUUCCCGCGGCCGAUCAAGGACAUGGCUUCGAAUUUGGAACGUAAAUGGCGCCAAAUGGUGAAUGUUCAGAAAGACGGCACCUCAAAAAAUGCCGAUAAUGAUACAGAGGACGUUAAACCGAAGAAACGCAAGUCUGUUGAGCCACCUCCGAAGGCUGCACCUCCUGCGAAGAAGGCUGCGGUGUCCGCGCCUGGUCCGUCCGCCAGAACCACGGUCGUGAAGAAGGAGGUUAAGCCAAUCGUGACCUCUGUCAAGGACGCGAAGUCGGACUCUUCGUUCUUCUCAGCCCCCAAGCCCAAACCGAAGCUGCCAAGUUUCAAGAAGGCGCCUGUACCUGUCAAGAAGGAGCCCGAUCCCAAUGUCGCACAACCUUUGGCCUUCGACCCUUUCCAAGAGGCGCUGAAGGAUAUGGCCAAGGCUCGCAAAGCGUCACCCGCGGCGACGGCUACUCCACCGCCAGCUGCCCCUGUCGCCGAGAGCGCCCCUUCAAUUUCGUCCGGUCUCACCAAGUCCGGUAAGAAGAAGAAGACGGUCACUUGGGCCGCCGACGGCCAACUGGAGUCCGUCAAGCUCAUUGAACGUGCAAUCUACGAUGACGAUCCCACGGAUGGCAUGCAUAUGAUGCAUAGUGUUCGUGACCUGGAGCGAGGCGAAGGUGCUGCAUUGCACGCGCACUUGUUCGAAGAAGGGAUUGAUUGGUAUGAGCCUCCACUGCUCGAGAAUCCUGAAUACAAACCGCGGGGUCUCAAUAGCGCCGAAGCGGCGGCUCAAGAAGAGCGCGAGCAGACAGCCUUGAUUGCGUUGUAUAUGUCGGCGGCUCAGAUACCGGAAAGUCCGGCAGAGCCUGCGACGCAAAUACCCGACGAUAAGGUUGAUGCAGACGUAAAGCUGAUGCUCGUUCAUCGGGAUCUUGACGCACUUUUCUGGGGCGGAGGGGCACCAGCAGAUGUUCAACCUCAGGUUUCGGUGCCAGCCCUUCUGGGUCAGCUGUCAGCAGCCUCGGACGCUCCUCUGAACGCAGGACCACCUGCAGAUGGCCAGCCCCCGCCAGAUACCAGUAUGCUUACGCCUUCAUCGAAUAUGACGCCGGAGCAACUGCAGGCACUACUACAGCAAGCGCAAGCAGUGCUCGCUUCCCAAUUGCGACAAGGCCCAUCACCUCCGGGGCAGCCGUCCUACCCAAAUGGCGACCAAGAUUGGAACAACAAGCAGCAUUAUUCGGACUUUGAUCAGGGUUACCGGGAUGAUGAUGGAGGACGGGAGCGUCGUUGGUCUGCGGAUCAAGGAUGGGAAAAUCGGGACCGUGGCCGUGGCCGAGGUCGCGGGCGUGGUCGUGGCGACUUUAGACAUAAUAAAAGAAAACCUUGCAGUUUCUUUGCACAAGGAAGAUGCAAAUAUGGAGACCAAUGCGACUUCAGCCACGAUCCCGUCUAUAGCUGAUAUGCCCCAUGUACUUUUUCCGGGUAUUUAUUGCCUUUUAUGUCAUGCAAUCACAACUUUUGCAAUGUUUACACAACCGCCC